UGCAGGACACGAAUGAUUCGAGUGAUCCUUCCAUUUGGUGGCCAGCCAUCAUAAGUCAAGCAGAAAAGUUGGCCACGGACUCUAAGGCACUGGCAUUUCUUCAAAUGUGUCAUAAUUAUUCCGAUGAUGAAGUCACCAUCACGUCAUCGUCACCCAAAAGAUUGGAAAAGAAAAUCCACCUGUACAGACGACAGUCACGCUGAAUUAAAGCUCAGUCCUGGUGUGAUAACAAAAAAAAGAAGAAGCACGAAUUUGAACGAAGUGCUAAAGGGAAAGGAAUCGGAAGAAUCGAUGCUCAAAAAACAAGUCGACCGCCUAGUGAAAAUUCCGAUAAAAAUUUCAAGCCCGUCGGAUGAAGUUUCGGAUGAUGACGGUUCUAUGAAGUUGCCCACGACAUCGUCGAUUCCUGAUCGCAACGAAGGCUUUCGUCUAGUUUCUUAUUCUGAUUCAGAUUUGGAUUUGGACACCGAAGAAACUGAGAAUAUUCCAGACGAAGUAAGUACACCUAAAAAGGAACGCACCAGCAACCACGUCAAUCCGACGAUUACAUGUUCACCUUACGAUAUCGGCCUCAGGAAUAUUGACAAAACGUGUUACGUCAAUGCAACCCUCCAAGCCUUGUUUGCUCUUCCCGGCUUCACUGACGAUCUGGUUACGGCUUUCGAAGGCACUGAAAAGUUGUCAAACUUUGAUUCCUUGUUGGCCAACAUGAUUACCGCACGGAAAAAAGGUUUGCCCAUUGAAGUGGACAAAAUAAACGAAGAUCUUGUCAAGAAUUUGUGGAUGGUUCAUACGGACUAUUCAGCCCGUAAGCAGCAAGAUGCCAGUGAGUUCCUGAUCCGGCUGAUCGAGCAUUUGAAAUUGGCUUUACCAGCUGGGCCAAUGAAUCCAGUUGAAUCCCAUUUCGAAUGUGAAAUUAUUGAAGUGGUCCAUUGCACUGCGUGCGGCAAGAAGAAAAAACGUGCCCAGAAACACACGUCCAUCUGCCUGUCCAUGCCGAAAGAUUCACGUAACCUAGAGCAAUGUUUGGAGGAUUACAUGGCGGAAAAGGAACGUGAACAGGCGUGCAGCAGUUGUAAGGCGACCACUUUGAAGAUCAGCUUGAAAUUCAAGACACUUCCAAGCAAGCUCAUAAUGUCGGUGAAGCGUUUCUCGAAAGAAGAAAAAUUGGCAAAGCACAUCGUUCCACCCCAAGUGUUAGAUAUUCGACAGUUCCUGGAAAACCUGGAAAGUCAGCUGCCUAGUGUGUACACCCUGGCUGCUCAAAUUGUUCACAUUGGCCGCUCUAAAAACUCUGGUCAUUAUGUUUCUCAUGUUUACUGUGAAGAUGGUGUUUGGCGCUGUUACGAUGAUAAUAAGUCCGUAAAAACUGUUUCGAUAGAAGAUGUAAUUGAAUCUGUCGAUGGUGAACCGGCCUACGUGUAUUUUUACGUUCGUCGUGAUGCGCUUAAACGUCUCCCCACGAGCACUGCUGUAUCAGCAGAAACGAGUACAUCAUCUGAAACGCAAUAUGUGAAUGGUGGCAAAGAAGAUGCUAGCAAAGUUGAAAUACGAAUAACCAGGGCAUCCAGUAAAUCUCUCGCAAGAACUGUUUUGCCAGUGACUCCAAUGUUUUCCUGGCCGGAUGGACCCGACCGCUUCUCAGUAACCACUGAAGAUUAUGCUUGUUUAAAUCAGGACAAUCUACUAAAUGACAGUAUCAUCGACUUUUAUCUCCGAUACGUUUUCAGUACUAAAACUGAUGAUAUUCUGAAGAAGAAAUGCCACGUAUUUUCAUCGUUUUUCUACCAAGUGUUAACGACUCGCCCACCCAAAGUCAAUGGACGGAAAGAUCCAAUUGAAGAUGACGAUUCCCUUUCGAUAAAGGAGAAACGUCAUUCAAGAGUUGAAUCGUGGACAAAGAAAGUGGACAUUUUUGAAAAGGAUUAUCUCGUGAUACCCAUCAACGAGCGUAACCAUUGGUUUCUAGCCAUUGUCUGUUUUCCUUGGUUAUCAGGACCGGUGACCGCCAAAGACGCAAUCGACCGCACUCCAGUAGAAAAAUUGCCAGAGAUUGCUGGCCCUAUCAAACAGCCUUGCAUCUUGUUUUUUGAUUCAAUGGCGGGAAACGACCACGAUGGAGUUGCUACGACUCUUCGCGAGUAUUUAAUGGUGGAACACCAAGUAAAGAAAAUGAAGCCAAAUGAGAAAUCAAUUGAUGCUUUCAGAAGGGACGCCGUUAAACCGUCAACCAACCCCUUUACUAAAGACUCGAUGAUAUCGGCAUGCCUUGAUGUGCCUCAACAAAAAAACUCGUACGAUUGCGGGAUAUUUGUGCUUCAAUACGCAGAAUACUUUAUGAAAAAUCCAAUUCCGGAUUAUAAUUUACGGAAUAUAAAAUUAAGCAAUUGGUUUCCACCUCAUUUUGCCGGAAGGAAAAGAAAAAACAUCCAGUUCUUAUUGAUAAAGCUCACCAAGGAAACGAAUCCUUCAGCAGACCAAGUUCUGACAUUGUUACCUCGAGAUGACGUCAGAAUUGCACUUCAAGACCGUAGUAAGACUGCUGCCGCUUCAAAUAAAGAAAAUGGUGAAAAUCAAAGUGCAAAUAAGACGGAGGCGAUGGAGGAAGACAGCGAAUCUGAGGAGUGUCUCGAUGAAGAGAAGGUUGAAAAGGGAGCCAGCCCAUCAAAUGUCGUGUAUGACCAAGAGGCGAAUAAUGAAAUGGAUACCGGAUCUGACUCGAAGAUAUCCCACAAAGGCAAGGCAUUAAAGGGGAAAAUAAAGACCAUGAAGCGGCUGCCACAUAAAAGAUGUAUUAUAUCUUCUGAUUCAGAUACUGAGGAUAAAUCUAAAGCCGCUGCCCUGGUCUUAGAUUUUAACCCCAAAACCAAAGUGGAACUCGUUACGGUGGACCCGUUUUUCGUCACCAAACUGAAUACUCAUCAGAUAAAGGGUGUAAAAUUCAUGUUGAAUGCUUUAUUCAAACCCAUCGAGAGACUCAAGGAGCAUCGUGGCUCUGGAUGUAUUUUGGCCCAUUGCAUGGGUAGAAGUCUUCAAGUCGUCACGUUGGUGCAUACGGUCCUUACCAACAAAGCAUGCAAGGUUAAUCGUGUGCUAGUAGUUAGUCCUCUGGGAUCCAUUUUGAACUGGUACGACGAGUUCAAUAAAGGGCUUCCGAAAGAGUCAGGUGUUGAAGUGUAUCAAAUGGCAGGCGUUAAGCGCAAAGAAAAAAGUAAAGAAAUGGAUAAGCGAUUGUCCAUGCUAAAGAGGUGGAAGGCAUCUGGAGGGGUGAUGAUAAUCGGUUCAGAUAUGUUCCGAAAUUUGACCAACCGACGAUAUAAAAAAAUGGUCUCCAAAAAAAUGUACAACGGGUUCACAAGUUUGUUAGUAAAUCCUGGGCCACACCUCGUCGUACUUGAUGAUUUACUGAUAAGUGAGGGGUCAGCUCUGUCCAAGGCAAUGAACAAGAUCGCUACAAGAAGAAGAGUGGUCUUGACAGACGAUUCGCUCCAGAAUAACUUGCUAGAAUAUCACUGCAUGAUUCAGUUCGUCAAACCUAAUCUACUAGGAAUGAACGUUGAGGAAUUCACGAAUCGAUUUGCCAAUCCCAUUAAAAACGAAGAGGAUGAAAAACUAGAUGAACUACUAGAAGGUUUCGUACACCGAUUCGAGAACGCCGAAGCCGAGCCUCAUAAAUACGAAUACGCCGUUUUGGUGAAGUCUUCGCCCCUUCAGAUCGAGAUGAAUGACUUUUACGUGAACAAUGUCCCCAAGCGACUCAUCCUUGCCGCCUAUAAGACAUUGGAGCGACUUUGGACGCAUCCCAAAGCGUUGCAGUUGGCAGAACGCAAUCGUAAAAAGAGAUCUAAAAACAAAAGCAAUGAAUUUGAUGGUUCCAUAGCGGAUUCUGACGACCGAGAAGAAACACCCGUAAGCGACGAUGACGGUCGAGGAGAUCACCCAGAAGAUCAAUUAGGCGUGACUCCAAUGUCUAGAACCUGGUUCGAAGAAUUCGUCAAAGACGAGGCCAUAAUCAAAAUGGAACACAGUGGCAAGCUCACACUUCUUAUGGAAAUUCUUCGCAUUGGUGGUAAGGUUGUGGUGUUCGGCCCGUCCCCUGAUUCGUUAGAGUUGAUUGGUAAAUUCCUCGAAGCGAGUUCGGAUUCCACUGGGACAUGGGUUAUAAAUCAAGAUUACUUCCUGAUAGAUGGACGCAGUAAACCGAAGCACCGUAAAGCCGCCUCUGAUGCUUGCAACGAUCCCUUGAAUCAUCGGGCGCGGCUUUUUCUUCUUUCAACUAAAGCCGGUGGCAAGAGAAACAAUUUUGUUGGAGCGAACCGUAUCAUUAUCUUCAACGCAUCCUGGAAUGCAUUGGACGAUUUUAAUUGUAUUAAGCGCGUUUAUGGUUUGGGCCAACAAAAACCCUGCUAUGUUUAUCGGUUUUUGGCUGAAGGCACCAUUGAGGAGAAACUUUACGAUCGCCAGGUUCCGCCGGGCCGCCAUUUCAACCCGGCGGAAUAUGUCUACAAACAAUUGGAUCGACCGACUCCCCUGAUACCGGAUGAUGAUCUUCUGGCUAAGCUCACCCUCACAAUGAAGGAAUUGAUCGUUGGUUACCAUGAACUUGACCCGCUUCCCGAAAACAAGUUAAAAGGAAAUAUGACGGAAGCCGAGCGCAAAGCCGCUUGGGAUGACUAUGCAAAUAAGCAACGCCAUCGUGGCACCGCCACGGACUUGGAGAAGCAGCAGCCUGCGUCCAAGAUCGUGCCCGGCGAAAACAACAACGACCCUGUCAAAGUGAUUAUGGAUGUUAUUCCCAGCCCUCCUGCGGUCCUGUCCGAAGUUUAA